CAACAACUUGUAGUUCCCCGGAAACCUACUGAAAAAGUCUCUCUUCCUUUUUUUUUAACACCCUGUUGAUUUCCUGAUUAUUUCCUAAGUAUCUCACCACAGGAGCCAAAAGACUGUCCAUAUCAAAAGGACAUGCUGAAGAAAAGCAAGCCCCCCUCCUCCAGGAGAGUUGAAAUCCAGCAAUUGUACCAAAGCUACGCUGCAGGCCACACAACUCUGCCUGCCUGCGCCCUCCUAAGGUUCCUCCACAAGGAGCAGAUGGAGCUCACAGCAAAUGAAGAGACGACGGAGAGUUUGAUUGACAGAUAUGAGAUUGAAGAGACAGCCAGAGAAAGCAGGUCCAUGACGUUCGAAGGCUUCCUCAGGUACAUGGAGUCCAAAGACUGCUGUGUGUUUGACCAAGCCCACACAUCGGUGUACCAAGACAUGGACCAGCCUCUCACCAGUUACUUCAUCUCCUCAUCACACAACACCUACCUGACUGGGGACCAGCUAGUAGGAGAGAGCCACCUGGAUGCAUAUGUUUGCGCCCUGAGGAAAGGCUGCCGCUGCCUGGAGGUUGACUGCUGGGAUGGGCCAGAUAUGGAGCCUAUAGUUUACCAUGGCUACACCCUCACCACCAAGAUACUUUUUAAGGAUGUCAUCGCCACUGUGGAGCACCAUGCCUUCGAGGUGUCUGCUUAUCCAGUCAUCCUGUCUUUGGAAAACCAUUGCUGCCGGGAGCAACAGGAGGUCAUGGCCCAGUACCUCGUCUCUAUUCUGGGGGAUAAGCUGCUGACAGCUCCCUUGGAUCACCCAACCACCGGAGACCUCCCAAGCCCAAAUGACCUGAAGUAUAAGAUCCUGAUCAAGAACAAAAAGCUAAAAGCUCAGAUUAAGACAGAGGACGGAGCAGGGCCGGAGGACAGUGCAGAUGAGGGUGAGGAGGAGGAUGAUGACGAGGAGGAGGAUGAGGAGGAGGAAGAUCUUCGAACAAAAGCAAAGUUCUGGUCUCCAAGAAAGGCAGGGUCAAAGAAGAAAAAGAAGAAGGUGGCGAUGGCCGAGGCUUUAUCUGACCUGGUGGUAUACACGAGGUCCGUCAAGUUCACCAGCUUCGGUCACGCCAAGGACAAUCAGAACUGCUACGAGAACACGUCGAUGGCAGAGAAGAAGGCUCGCAAGCUGGCCAAAGCCUCAGGUCCGGAUUUUGUCCAACACAACCAGAAGUUCCUCAGCAGGAUUUACCCCGCGGGCUCCAGGACGUCGUCCUCAAACUACAACCCUCAGGAGUUCUGGAACGUCGGCUCGCAGCUCGUGGCUCUCAAUUUCCAAUCUCUGGGCUUGCCUAUGGACCUUAAUGACGGCCGUUUCCAGGACAACGGCGGCUGCGGAUACGUCCUGAAGCCAGCAGUGCUCUUGUCCAGUCAGACGAGCUUUGAUCCCGGCUCCAGCCAGCACGGCUUCAAGCCCACACACCUGCUGCUUAAGGUGAUCAGUGGGUCCAACCUACCUGUCCCAAGGAGCGGUAAAACUCUGGACCCCUUUGUCAGAGUGGAGAUUCAUGGGAUUUCGCCCGACUCGCGUAGGAAAAGCACGCAUACUGUCAGAAACAACUCCCUGAGCCCUCACUGGGAUACCGACAUGAACUUCAACAUCAGCUGCCCCGAGCUCUGCCUCGUCCGCUUCUGUGUCCGCGAUCAGACGGGCCUCCUCAGCAGUGAGUUCGUGGGUCAGUACACCCUGCCCUUCACCAGCCUGAAGAAAGGCUACCGCUGGGUGCCCCUCCGGUCCCGAGACGGAUGCAGCCUGGAUCCGGCCUCCCUCUUCGUCUUUGCCUGGUAUUCCUAAAAACAGCUCUCGGUAUCCAACUCUAUCUCUCUCUCACACACACACACACAAACGUUGCCAACAGACAGAGACGCGUGGCUGAUGCAGCAACAACAACAAAAAUAUAUAAAUAAAUUUUGAGAAAAAAAAAUAAUCUCCUCAGAUAUAAAUACCAGUUUUAUUGUCAGGAAACGAAUGUGUUGUUUUGCGCCUGCUGAAGGCAACAGAAGGCAAAUCAUUUUUGCAUCCUUCAAGUAAUAGAGAACUCCCCGUAGUAACAUAUUAGAUCGUUAAUAAAUAACCAGAAAUAAGUGAUGCAAGUGUUGUGGUAGAAUUGGUCAAGUUCACAACUUUAUUUUUUUUUUCCUUCAUUAAUCAGCUGCAAAAGAAAUAGAUGCGUCUCUUAGGUUAUGUUACAGUAUAUUGUGAUGUGUGAUGCAGUCAUACAUUAGCAGCCCAUGAACACAACUAUUAAAAGGGAGCAAACAACGUUUGCUUCCAAUCGCACUUCCCUGUGAGAGCCCCAGCAGGGAAUAAUAUAAAUAGCAUUCACAGAGGUAUACAUUAUUGAACUAGUUCCAGGGCAGGGAAGUCUAUUUUUAUCUUCACUAAAUCCUAUGAAUGAGGCAGAAGAAAGUACAGGUCAGCAGGCCUAUCAGGAGGAGGAGGAGGAGGACGACACCAUUUAGAUAACAUGCAGACCUGCCUUGGCCUAGAAACGGUGCAUGUGUUAAGUGUUUAUCUUGUUUUGGGUGUUUGUGCUGCGAUUGUCUGCCCUUGCGUGUUUGUGCAUGCUGGAGCGUCGCUGCGUUCGAAUGCCACUGAUGGAUAAGACAAAGGACGGAGUGAGGGGGUGAGUGUUAACUCGGCCCCUCGGGCCAAGCAGACAGAGUUGUCAUCCUGCUCACACUCCC